AUGAGGAAAAUGCCAUACACAUAUCCUUCAAAGGAGAGUGUGAGUCAGGAGGAACUGGCUGAACAAGCCCAGCUCCCUCAGCCAGUCGUUGUAGGAGAGGGGCACAGAUCAGAGGAUCAUCUUUGUGGCUCUCCUCCGGGCCCACUGCAACAUUUCCACGCUUUUCCUGUGUCUGGGGCCCCCAGGUCUGGACGCAAAACUUCACGUGCGCAGAACAGAGGGGACAAUCCCUUCCCUCUCCCUGCUGGUCACCCCUCUAGCGAUGCAGCCACGGGUAGCGUUGGCCUUCCGGGCUGCAAGCGCUGCUUGCUCUUGUUAAGCUACGGCGGCCGCGAGAAGCGGUUGACAGCUCAGCCCUCAGCGCCUAGGCCGCUGGGAAGCCGGAGGGCGGCUAGAGAAUGCUGCCCACCGGCCUCCGCGGGCGCACGGCCGCCUCCUCUCGCUCAGCGUGAGGAGAAGGGCGACAAAAGCCCCCGCUUCGCCCGGUGCCGCGGCGGGGCCGGCGGAACUCCAUUUCCCAGCGUGCCCCGCGGCCGGUCGCGGAACUGUGUUCGGAGCGGCAGCGGUCGAGUGGCGAUGGGGCGCGUAGCGGGGCUCGCUCCGCUCUCGGCCGGCGCCGUCCUCCUGCUCCUGCUCCGCUGUGCCACCGCCGCCUCGCUCGCCCCGCGCGGCCACGAGCCGGAGCCCAACGAGAGGCCCAUCGUCGGGAUACUGUCGCAGGAAUGUCACUUUGAUGAGUUCCACAAAUUCGGAAGUUCGUAUAUUGCGGCUUCGUAUGUGAAGUUCUUGGAGUCUGCUGGUGCCCGCAUCGUGCCAGUAAGAUUAAAUCUUUCAGAUGAAGAAUAUGAUAAAAUAUUCCACUCUAUUAAUGGGGUACUUUUUCCAGGAGGUGGUGUGAAUCUUAGGACUUCAGAAUAUUCCAGGGUUGCUAAGAUAUUUUACCGCAAGGCAUUAGAGGCUAAUGAUAAAGGAGAUUAUUUCCCAGUAUGGGGAACAUGUCUUGGACACGAGUUGCUGACAUACCUCACAAGUGGUGAAAUUUUACUUGUUAAUACCAAAACAAAUGGUUUUUCACUCCCUUUGAACUUUACAUCAGCUGCAAAACAAAGUAGAUUAUUCAAGAAUAUUCCCAGUGAUUUGCUACAUGCCUUUGCUACUGAGCCAUUAACAUCAAACUUUCACAUGUGGAGCAUUUCCAUGGAGAAUUUCACAAAGAAUGAAAAGCUUUAUAAUUUCUAUAAUAUUCUGACCACUAACACUGAUGAUGAAGUGGAAUUUAUAUCUACCAUGGAAGCAUACAAAUACCCAAUUUAUGGUGUCCAGUGGCAUCCAGAAAAAAAUCCUUUUGAAUGGAAGAACUCAUCAGGCAUUCCACAUUCCUCAUCAGCUGUAAGAGCUGCAUAUUACAUAGCUGACUUCUUUGUUAAUGAAGCCCGGAAGAACCUGCACCGUUUCCCCAGUGAAGGUGAAGAAACAAAAGAAUUGAUUUAUAAUUAUACUCCGAUUUAUACAGGAACGUUUUCUUCAUUCCAGCAAGUCUAUUUUUUUGAUUGAGUAUCUUGUCAGAGGUGUGGCAUUGCUAUUGGUAAAUAGAAUUAUUUGCCUGCGUUGCAUAAUUAAGCUGAUAUAAUGCAAUGUAUGUGACAGGAAGACAGAAUAAUUAUCUUAUUUUACAAUAACUUAUCCUGUGUUUCUUCUGUACUAUUGGACCACUAAUCUAAAAUUUUACAUUCUAAAUCAUAAUAGUCCUGGGUUAUACUUCAUUGCUACUGAAAAAUACAUUUUUCUUCUGGGAAAAGUUUUUUGAUUUUACGUAUGAAUUUGAACAUUUUCAGGUUUAGUACAAGGAAAAGUUUUGCAUUCUUAUUUCAAAAUAUGGAGAUUAUCUCUGUAAAAUGUUGUGUACUGUAAUAGCACUAGAUCUUUAGGUAUAUUGUAGAGUAAAAUCCUAUCCUUUUCAAAUGAUUUAACAAAUGAGACCUUGGAUCUUAGGCUCGUAAAUUUGUCUGUGUAACCAAGUUCUUGAGAAGGAUUAUUUUGUUAUUCGAAAAAUUGUUCAAAAUCAUAAGUAAACGUGGUAGCAAAGAGACAUGGAAAGGAUGUGUUUUACCUGAUUUCUGAAACUUUGUGUUGUACAUUCAGUGUUGUUCAGAGAGCUUAUACCUUGUGAGUUCUACGUAAAUGUGAAGAUGCAUUUUAAAUUAGGUGUUGCAAAUAUCAGGUAAAAAUAAGUAAGUGUGAAGAGCAUAGUUAUGUUCUGUUUCCACUUUCUGCUCUUUUCAAAUUCCAUUUUAUAUGUAUUCGAAGAGCCUGUUUGAGAGUAACUGCUAUGAGCAGAUGGGAGAUACACACAGAGAAACAGAGGUCUGUAGAAGAAUGUCAACCUAACUUUUGCUUUAUACACACUCUAAGUUUUUCUGUAGUUGCUGAGUAGAAUUCUCAUUGUAGUUAAAGGUAGUUUUCCAUUAAUUAAGUGAAGACAAUCUGCUUGUGUUUUGUUGGAUAGUUAAUAAUAGCUGGAAUAAGAAAAAAAAAAAAAGGCCAAUUAGAAAACUUGAUGUUGGCAUAAUGUUGCAUUUGGUUCUAUUAGUGAAAAUUUUAUAUUGUGUUCAGAAACUAAGAUAAGACAAUCAACUGUAAUUCUACUUUCUUGCACAGUUUCCAUGUUAACAUCAGUGGGGACUUGGAGUUUAUGGAAAAAAAUAGAUUCAUACCUCAGCUCUGUUUUGUAAUACCUUAAACUUUCCAGUACAUCAAUCCAGAAGUAAUGCCUCCUAUUUAUUUACAUGGAAAUAACAAUAGAUUGAUACAAACAGCAGAACAACACUAUGAAAUACUAUUUUUCAACACAGUCAUAGUUGUGUGCUGAUUUACACAGAUGAGCUAAUUGAGAUGCUCUUCCCUUUGUGAUAUGACAGCUGUGCAUGGCUGUCUGGAAUAUGUUCUUUCAUGUUGCUGUCACCACUGCUGAAGUGCACCCGCUGCCUCACUAUGUAAUCGCUGGGCUCCAUAAACAUUUGGCAAGAAUCAAUAAAUGUCUAUGGGUGCGAUUUUUCAGGGAUUUAAUUCCAACCCUUUGCUUCGUACUUGCAUGUCAGAUGCCAGCAGUCAGACUGCUUCUCUGUUGCCAUGUGUCCCACAGCAACAAAAUAUUUGGGAAUAUUGGUGGGAAGGCUUAACCUCUACUACUACAACACCACCAUCUGCCUCUGUGGGGCCACAUAAUAAAAUAGGAGACAUUACGUUUAAAGCAUAUCUGCUUUGUACCAUAUCUGAAUACAGCUGCCAUGUUUCUCAGGGUUUUUAAUUAAAGGACUCUCUAGCUUGUUCUUUUUGAUGAAACAGCUGUGUAAGAUAGAGAAUAUGAAAUGCAUCAAUUAAAAUAAUAUAAACAAACAUUAACUGCGACUACUGUAUGAACACUGCUUUGUAAUCACAAGCUUAGAUGUGUUAUAGUGCAGAUUAUUUCUACAUUUGCCAAAUUCAGUAAAUUGAACUUUUUUCAUGUGAAUAACUGUUAACUAUAUUUAUUGGUUCCCAGGUAGAUCCAGUGUAAAAGACAAUCUUGCUCUACAGUUGCAUAUAGAUGUAGCAGCUGAGAUAUUUACAAAAAGAGUCUAGCUGUCUGUUUUUUAUUCAGACUGAGUUCUUUAGAAUAACUCUAAGGAUUUGCCUGAGUAAGAAGGGCAGGAUUUAGCUUUAAAAACAGGGACCAACUUGGCAAGUGAAGUGUCUGCUGACUGCUUUAGGAGUAAUUAGUUCUUAAGAAUGCAACUUCAAGGAAUAUUGUGUGUAAUAUGGUAAGAGAGCAGUGUAUUUAUGAUGAACUUGUAUGUGGCUUUUCUUUACAUCCUUUAUCUUGUGAAGUCUUUUUUGGUGCUAUCAGCGAUUCUUUUUUCUAUGAUAGUCUAAAUAAAGUUAAUUCAAGUAGA